AUGAUUGACUCCCCCAAACGCUCACACGUCUUUACAAUAUCUGCCUGGACCGCCUCUUUGAAAGGAAGUGAAGAUAUCGUACCUGGUGAAGGAAGAGAUGGAGUAGAUAUUGUAUCAGAUAAAGAGAUAGAAAGUGAAGAUAUUGUAUCAAAUGAAGGAAGAGGGGAAGUAGGUGUUAUAUCAAAUAAAGGUAAAGAAAGUGAAGAUAUUGUAUUUGGUGAAGGAAGAGGUGAAGUAGGUGUUGUAUCAAAUAAAGGUAAAGAAAGUGAAGAUAUUGUAUUUGGUGAAGGAAGAGGUGAAGUAGGUGUUGUAUCAAAUAAAGGUAAAGAAAGUGAGGAUAUUGUAUCUGGUGAAGAUAAUGAAGAUGUUGUAUCAAAUAAAGGUAAAGAAAGUGAGGAUAUUGUAUCUGGUGAAGAUAAUGAAGAUGUUGUAUUUGGUGAAGGAAGAGGUGAAGUAGGUGUUGUAUCAAAUAAAGGUAAAGAAAGUGAGGAUAUUGUAUCCGGUGAAGAUAAUGAAGAUUUUCUAUCAAUGUCAAAAGCCCUGUGA